UAUAGGAGAACAAGUCCCACAAUCAGUGUGCAAAAACUGAAAACGGAAUGUUUGUAGUUUUACCUGCUGUUGUUGUGGUUGUAAAAACACCAUGCAGAGAGGUCUAUUAAUUAUUACCCACGUCGGGGCUUUCACUGAGGACUUUACCACCACAGGGCGCUGACACGGUGAUAGUUUGCCCCCUCGCAGCUCGGUGACAGACAAGAGGAGGCUCCUGCUCUGCUCCACAGCGGCUCCCUGGAGGGAGAGUUACCAAACGGGGGAGGACAGGGGGGGAGUGCGUAGAGGAGAAAGUUCAGCUGGCAGCGCGCUCCAUGGCGAGCAAAGACCGAGUCGGUUCGGCCGGGCAGGUCCCGCUGCAGGACUCGUCAGGUUCAGAGUCUGAGCCGGACGGGGUCCCCGCGCGCCCCGCUGGUUCCGUCUCCGCGGCCGGCGCUCUCCCCCGCAGCCAGGUGAUCCACAGCGGACACUUCAUGGUGUCGUCGCCGCACAGCGACUCCGCGGCGCGCAGGAGGAGGAGCGGCGGCUCCCUGAGGUACGACUUCGACACCGUCAACGGGACGGGCUGCCACACGUACCGGUACGGGCCCCGCAGCUCCGGCAGCCUGAGCAUCGACCCCACCCUGACCCGCCUGUUUGAGUGCAUGUCCCUGGCUUACAGUGGUAAGAUAGUGUCUCCCAAAUGGAAGUCUUUCAAGGGGCUUCGUCUGCUUUGGAGGGACAAGAUCCGUUUAAACAACGCAAUCUGGAGAGCGUGGUUCAUUCAAUAUGUGGAGAAAAGGAAGAAUUUGGUGUGUGGGUUUGUCACCCCGCUGGAAGGCUCAGAGGCCGAGGCUCACCGGAAGCCUGAAGCAAUCAUAUUAGAGGGCAGCUACUGGAAGAGGAGGAUUGAAGUGGUGAUCAAAGAGUACCACAAGUGGAGGAUUUAUUACAAGAAGAGGCUCCAGAAAAAGAAGGAUGAUAUUCUUUCAAUGCUUCAUGAGGGUCAGAUCUGCCAGUCCAAGCUGGACAAAAGGUCCAGUCAGAUUUACCAGGAGCCAGAGGCCGCCCCAGUGGAGGCACAUAUGUUUGACUUGGACUGCCUUCUGUCUGACAUCUCUGACACCCUGUUCACCAUGACACAGAAACCGUGUCCUUGGAGCAGCGAGCGGCACAAUACGUACACCAGCAAUGCAGACAUGAUCCAGCCAGGCCUGACUCCACUGCAGCCCAACCUUGAUGAUUUCAUGGACAUCCCAGAUAUCUUUUCAAAUUAUCGGGGCCAGUCCAGCGAGCAGACUGCUUUUGCUGACUACAGCUAUUUUGAAAGCUCCCCCAGCAUGUUUGUUCCUGGCCCCCCCUCUGUGGCAGUAACUCCUCAGCUGCUUAUCGAUACCCAGCUGGCUCAGCCCAGUUUGACAUCUAAUAACUUGUCCCAGAGCUCAACAUCCAACACUCGGUCAGACCAGACCAGGCCGAGCCCAGAUUGCAUUGAAUAUCAGACGUCCACCAUUGUGUCAGGAGCCGUGCCAUACAAUCAUCCAACAUACCACAACAUACCUGUUACCAUAGCCUUCACUGCCAAUGCUGAUCAGCCAGCGUCUGCAAGUAUUCCCUUUCUGCAUCCACUGCCAUGCCUCAAGUUUGGUUACCACCCAUCAACUAGUGCCACGUCCUCUGUCAUCACUCAUACCGCCUCCACCAUGGGGUCCCAGGCCUCACAGCACCAGGUUCAGAAUUACUCUCAAGCCAGGGACUCAAACACCCACUCUCACAGUUACCCAGCUGCCACGCCUGAGCUUCUACAUGCACCACUUCCUCCGGUCACAGCAGCCUACUGCUUCUCAGUCCCAGAACAGAUGACCAUUUCAGGGGUCAGAGGGAAGCACAAGCAAAAGACAGGAGGAGUGAGGACAGCUGCAGCCUCUGCAGUGCUGCCAGGAUCCCAGCCCACAGCCCCCAUGCCCACUAGCUGCCUCGCUAAGCUGCUAUCCACAACCGCGCAAGAAAGAAAACCAACAGUUGGAUUUAAAACAAAUCUGGUGACAAGCAAAGGUCAGAGGUCAACAUCUACUAGUUCUUUGCAGGGCGUUUCAUCACAGAUGGAGCCUGGAUUUGGUUGGCCUGCAGCUCUGUCUCCUCUGCAUAGGCAAAGUGCAAACGCUGGCCACACUCAACCUCAUGCCGGCACCACCAGAGGGUCUGCAGUGUCUGCUCUUCUUACCCAUGGUUCCAUGCAUGCAGAAACCCACCUUCUUAUUCCCAAGACUGAGAAAUUAUCACCUGUACAAUUAUAUAGCACAGACAGGAGCAGCUUAAACGUUUCUUUUUCGGCACAUCCUAGCCAAACAUCUCCGCCAAAUCUGGCAGAGAAAGCUUCCAACCCAGAGUCUCCACAGUCGGCCUUCUCAGGACAUGGAAAGAUAGAAUCAAGUAAGCAAACAGAGACCAAGAGGAUCACUCACAUCUCAGCUGAGCAGAAAAGACGCUUCAACAUCAAACUGGGAUUUGACACCUUACAUAGUCUCGUCACAACCCUCAGCUCCCAGCCAAGCAUAAAGAUCAGUAAAGCCACCACGCUGCAGAAGACGGCAGAAUACAUCAGCAAGAUGCAACAAGAGAGAGCUCAGCUACAGGAUGAGGCUCAGAGACUCAGAGAGGAGAUCCAGAACCUGAACUCUGCCAUCAAUGCCUGCCAGCAGCAGCUUCCAGCCACAGGUGUUCCCAUCACACGGCAGCGCUUCGACUACAUGAGGCAGAAGUUCAGAGAGUACAUACGGGCCCAGACUCUGCAAAACUGGAAGUUCUGGAUUUUCAGCAUCAUCAUUGAGCCCUUGUUUGAGUCUUACAAUGGAAUGGUGUCCACCGCCAGUGUUGAGGAUCUGUGCCGGUCAACUCUGUCCUGGCUGGAUCAGCAUUGUUCCCUGCCCUCCCUGAGACCCAUGGUUCUGAGUUCACUCCGCCUCCUGUGUACCACCACCGCCAUUCUGACAGACCCAAGCCUACUGCCAGAACAGGCCACAGUCGCCGUCAGCCAGGGUGACCCCUCUGUCACCACUGACCACUCUCUACAACCUGCCCCCCCCAGCAGUGGAACACACCCAUGCUGAAGCCUUGAAGACUGGGUGGAAGCUCAUUCGAAUAACCAGGAUUUUAUGGUCAUAAUUCUGAUAAAAUUCAUCAACAAAAAGACUGAAGUUUAGUACAUUAUAAUACUUGCUUAAUUUAUAUGAAUGGAUAUUUUUCAUUCAAGAAAUUCAAUUUGCUUUUAGUCAGUGUUUUACAUUAUACUACAACCCAAGUUAUUACAAUCUUUUGGACUGAUUAUUUUUUUUAAAUAUUUUCCUUUUUAAUCUAAGCAAUGUGGGACAUUUACAAAUCUGUCAUUUGGGUUUUUGUACUCCUAAGUGUUCAUAAAGAUGGUUCAGAACUUUUAUACCAGCAAAAUUAAGGGUGAAAUAUGUCAAACCUUGUAACUUUCUAAACAAUUUAUUGUAUUUUGGCUUGCAUUUUUUUUCUGCGGUAAAGUUUUUUUUUUUUUUUUUUUUCAGCACGCUUAAAAUCCAGAUUUGUAUGAAAUGAUUAAUUCAUAUAAACUGACGAAACAAC